UAAAUGGCAGUGAUAGAGAUUCGUCGAAAGAGGAAGAAGAAAAAGUACAUUAGAAACGUAAACAAUGGGUAAACACGAAGUGGGAACACCAAAGUACAUUGCAAACAAGAUAAAAGCAAAGGGUCUGCAGAAAUUAAGAUGGUACUGUCAGAUGUGUCAGAAGCAGUGCAGGGACGAAAAUGGAUUCAAGUGUCAUACAAUGUCAGAGUCUCAUCACAGACAGUUAUUAUUGUUUGCUGACAAUGCACAUCGAUAUAUGGAUCAGUUUUCUAAAGAGUUCUCGCAUGGUUACCUAAAUUUAUUAAAGAGACAAUUUGGUACUAGAAGAGUAGCUGCAAAUCGUGUGUAUCAGGAAUAUAUCUCCGACAGAGGACACAUACAUAUGAAUGCCACAAUGUGGGUGACAUUGACUGCAUUUGUGAAGUGGCUUGGUCGCACUGGACAAUGUGUUGUGGAUGAAACAGAAAAAGGCUGGUAUGUAACAUAUAUUGAUAGAGACCCAGAAACCCUAGCAGCACAGGAAAAGAAAGCCAAGAAACAAAAGAUGGACAAAGAUGACGAGGAAAGGAUGAUGGAGUUCAUAGAGAAACAAGUUGAGAAGGGCCAGCAGGAAACCAGUGAACAAAGUGGAAUUUUUAAAGAGCCAUUAUCCCGGUCUGAAACAGAUGCACCUUUGGUGUUGGAAAUGAAAAUAAAUAAAAAACCAAAGUUACUUCCCAGUAUCAUAAAACAAGAGAAAGAUAAAAAUAAAGAUUCUAUUAAAGAAGAGUAUAUUGCCACUACUUAUAUAAAGCAGGAAGAAUUGAGUGGUGAAGAGUCAGAAACAAGUAGUUCAUCAAGAAAAAGAAAAAAACAUAAAUCGAAAGUGGAUGCGGACGAAGACAAUUUAGAAGGCUGGCUCAGGGAAGGCUUGACAGUGAAAAUUGUCACAAAGAGUUUAGGAGAAAAGUAUUAUAAAGCUAAAGGAAUAGUUCAGUCUGUAGAGAAGAAAAAUUUCGUUGGAAAAGUAAAAUUGAAAUCACCAGAAGAAGUUGAGAAUCAUAUCAUCAAGAUAGACCAAGAGUACUUAGAGACAGUGAUACCUGCUAUUGGAAAAGAAGUCAUAAUUCUUUGGGGAAAAUAUAAAGGCAAGAAUGGGGUAGUACAUAAGCUUCACAUAGAGAAUUACUGUAUUGAUGUACAGCUUGACAGAGAUGGUACCGUUGUAAAAAAACUACCAUAUGAACAAGUCUGUAAAUAUGUCACCUGA